AUGUUACCACGUGGUAUGGCUGGAAUGGAUGUGAAUAGUCUAAUGCGUCAAAUGAACAUGAUGAAACAAAUGGGACUUGGUGGUGGUUUUCCAGGAAUAGGUGGUGGCGGUGGUAGACGAUAA